AUGGAAUUUCACUCGGGGAGCCCAGAGAUGGAUGUCAGUAUGUCUGAGUGUGCUGGCGUUGAAGAGGCUGCAUUCGUACUCCGCAACCGGAGAGAUAAGGGAUUCCGUAUUGAAGCAAACUAUUUGGUAUGGGCAUACGAUGUAUGGUAUCAUGGUUGGCAGCAUAUGGUACCCUUUAAGAUACCUGAGCCAUUCUCCGGUUUCGGAUUGGCACGCGAAGCGGCGAGGUGGGAGGCGGCCCGGAAGAGGGACCCCACUUUAGAACCUAACUUCAUGUUGGACGCUGCCUGUUACAGCAAGUGCCCUGGUCUAUUGGUUGAGUGGGAUGAAAGUGCUUUCGAUGCUUGGUUGACACAAACUCGAAACAACCGCGAUAACGUCGGAUUUAGACAGGGAAAUUGGAGAAAUGGUCGCACAAUCGCGUUAAGCCAAGUCGAUGCUGCACUGAACGACUUAUUGGAGAGCUGGCCUGUAAAUGAUAAGGGACUCGAUUUUAUUGGCAAACUGCGACGCUGGUGGAGGAAUCCGUAUGCACGGUCAUUAACAAGCAUGGCAGGCGGAGAUGUGUCAUUGCCGGAAUUGCACGGGUUAAUUUUGAAGAGGUUGGGCACCUUACGAGUGCCCUUGGAUCAGGUUGCAAAGGCGACUCGCAGGAAUAUUCGAAGACAGAAGAUACAAGAGAGAGUGGCAGCAUUGACCGGAAUAGACGAUCCGGAUAGUGAUCCUGGACACACGUCGCUCAUCCAAAUCAUCAUGAGUGACUCACCUCCAUCUCAUCUAGUUAAUAUUUCGGGAAAUAAGUUUCAGAUUGUCGCGGAGGCAGAGACUGAUUUGCGAAUUCAAUCACGCUACCUGGUUUGGGCAUACGAUAUUCUGAAUCAUGACUGGUGGAGUGCGGUACCGGAGGCGGUCUUCUCACCGGGAUUGUCAGUUUUCGAAUUGGCUCAGAAGGCUUGGGAGUGGGAGACUAAUGGUGGAAGUAUUUAUACCUUGUCAUCCAGUUGUUAUACAUGUGGAGAGGAUGGCAGGAAACAUCCUGCAACGGAAAGUUGUGAGAGGUGUGAAGAACCGUGGAGUCCAGAAGAGUUUUGGGAAUGGCUUCGGUCGAGACAUUUCCAGAGCAUCUGGAGUCGGAUAAAUAACUUGAAGAAAGAGACGCAUACUCAACACGAUCAAUCGGUCAGCUGGGAACAAGUGCAUAGAGAUCGGUUAAGAGAAAUGAUUGAUGAGAUAGGGUUCGAUGUUCCCACAGGAAAGGGUGAUUCAACAUUCGAGAUGUGUAAGCAAGAUAUUGAGGGGUUCUUGCCGACAGUGGGCUAUCAGUCAUUGUUCGGGCGUUUCCAACGUUUGUGGAUGGCAAAUGCUGGAGUUUUCAAGAGAUGUGCAAGUGGUUUUUGGCGCUGGGAACAUGAGCGGUUGAUUUUGCAUCGAGUUAGCUCAUAUUCGAAGGGCCACAACACGUUGGCCAUAUCCGACCAGGAGGCUCCCAGGACGACGGUGAAUAGUUGCCACUCAGGGGUAGACAGCAUCACAUGCACCGGAAUCAAUGAUUCCAUUCCUGCAUUUCGAAUCAUCUUCCCACAAGAGAUGGCUUGGACUGUCGACGCAGGAUAUCUGGCCUGGGCAUUUGAUAUAUUCGAUCGGGACUGGUGGCACUUAGUACCCUUCGAAGUGUCCAAACCUAUGUCAGUGUUUGGUCUAGCCCAAAUGGCUGUCAAAUGGGAAGAAAAUAUAAGAGCUAAAGAAUUAUCGAGAUCUAGCUGCAUAUUGGAAGCGCGAUGUUACAACCCUCCUCAGGGUCACAGGGUUGUCUGGAAUGCCGCAAUGCUUUCCGAGUGGGUGACGCUGGGACGUUCUGCGAGUGACGUUGGAUUCAGAAGUGCGUUGCAGAACGACAAUCGAACUGGUUGGUUCAUUCCGGUCAGCCAAGUGAAUGAUGCACUGCAUGACCUACUGGAAAGCUGGCCGGUAACUCAGUCACACAGCUGCCAGUUUACGGAGAACCUGUUACGUUGGCGGUCUCGUUACAAUCACAAAAUAAAUCGUUGCUCCCUAAAUGGACCUAAACUGUCAACAAGGGAAUUUGAAAGAGCAAUUGUAGAGAUGUUGGGAGACUUACGAGUGCCUAUGGACCAAGUGCCCAAAAAGAUGCGCAGGCGUCGUCGAAGACGACAAACAUGUGAGAAGAUCGCAGUAUUGACUGGAGCAGAAAUGAAUGACCCCGAACACGCAUCGUUCCUAGACGUCAUGAUGAGCGACUCACCCCCAUCCCAUCUGAUGAGUAUUUCGGGAAAUAAGUUUCAGGUAGUCAAGGAAACAGAGACUGGAAUGCAGAUUCCAUCACGCUAUCUGGUUUGGGCGUACGACGUUCUUAAUCAUGGCUUGUGGGGUGCGGUACCCGAGAGCAUCUUCUGCUCUGGAAUGUCCGUCUUCGGAUUGGCUAAGAAGAUUUGGGAAUGGGAAACUAGUAGUGGUGGAAGAAUUUACACUUUGUCAGCAAGCUGUUAUAACUGCGGAGAACGUGGCAGGAUUCAUGCUACUAUAGAAAGUUGUGAGAGAUGUGAGUUGUGGAACUCGGAAGAAUUUUGGGAAUGGCUUCGAUCGAGACAUUUCGAACACGUGUGCGAUCAGCUAAAGAAUAAUGGUCAGUCGUCGAAAGACUCUCGUCAGUCAUCGAAAGACUCUCGUCAGUCGUCGAAAGGUUUGGACGAAUUAAGUCGAGAUCAGUUGUCUCAGAUGAUUGAAGAGAUCGGGUUCGAGCUUCCGUCAAAAAGUAAAGGGCGGAAAAUCAAACUAUGCGCCAACGAAAUCAGCAAUUUCUUAUGUAGUCAUCCGUUUAGGACGACGAAGACUCGGACAAUGUUGCCCGAAGGUUUCAGGCAUUGGUUGACAAGGCGGAAAACGGAGGAGUCCCCGAACGAUGGGGUUGAUAGAUGGGAGUAUGAGCGUUUUAUCGUACACCAAAUGAGCACCGACCUUACGAACGAAGAUGCCCUUAACUACCCCCACAGGUCUGAACAGCCAACUCCUGACCAGCACCGGACUAGGACCGGACCCAUCUCGUCAGCGGACCGAACCGACCAAUGCACUAGAACCGGUGUGCUGGACAACCGUUCGAUACAACCGUAG